AUGGCAUCCAGCCCCGAGCUCUCCGAGCCCCCGUCGUCCCCAGUCGAUAUCGUUCAGGACGAAAUCGGACUCAAGCGCAAGCGAGGCGGCCGACCGAAGAAAGAUCAAGCCAAAUCGUAUCGGACGAUUCUCGAGGAGAAGCAGCAGGAGGUGCUCGACGAUCAUUCCGUUCCCGAGGAAGUCCAGCAGGAGAACGCCCGCAAGAUUCAGGCCUGGAAUGAGCGGUGGGGACCUGACGCACAGCCCGAGGAGACCGAAGGCAUGGAAGGUUUGCGCGGAAGGAUGUGGCAUCACCUACCCAAAUGCCGAACCUGCGCAGUCGGACGGAAGGCUAAUCCCAGCGGCGAUAAGAUCCCUAUCGGUCUCAACGAUAUCGAUACCUUGCCCUGCGGUUGUCCAUGGGAGGAGGCUAUGGUUGAGGAAUUCCUCUCGAUCAAGAAGUACAUUCCCUGCACCCCAAAUGGCAAUCCCACUAUGAUCCCGUCCGAGCUGCGCCGAGGUUUCAAAGAUUUUCUCUUUAACUUCCUCCACCUCGAGUCAAAGCCCGCGAACUUGCUCUCUCGAAAUGGCCAGUCCCGCGCUCGCGCUGCUGCCGCUAAGAAGCAUGGAACCAAAAUCGGUCUCAACGAUAACUUUGUCUAA